AUGUUAUUCGCGAUGAUUCUUUCGUGUCUAGCGUCGCAAGUGCGUGAUGCUUUUGGCGAUACUAGGCAACCACUGAGCACAGCCUUGAACUACCGAUGCGUGCAUGUUGCUGGCUCGCGCCGAAUAGUGACAGCUUCGAAGAGUGAAAUGCCCUAUAUAAACAUGAACCCGCAACAGCGCCAAUUCAUCUACAACGCACCCUCUCACGUAUUUUUUCUUGACGGUGUCAAUCCGUGCAACCUGAACAUCACGACGCAUGGAGAUGUGUGUGCCGGUGGCUUCUUCACACUUCAUCCGGCGCAAUCAAGCAAUCUCAAUAACCUCGCGUUGCAAGUUUGCGUCGCGCCAGACUGGACAGUGGGCGUGCGCAUCGCCAUCGCAGGCGAGACGCACGCGUUCAACGAGCUUGGCGCGCCGCCGCUAGUGACAGAGGAACUGCUUGGGAGGCUGCAUGUGCGUUUUGAAGAGGUUGGCGCUGGCCACUGCAUGCACCGCGUUGGUGAGACGUGGGCAGCGUUUGGGGAUCCGAUGGAUAUGAGUGAAGACGAGAUGUACUGGAAUGACUCGAUGGAAGUCGGCUAUUAG